AUGAUAGACUACCUGGCAUCGGCACAACAUGGCAAAAACUUUACCGGUAAAGUAGUACUAGUGACCGGCUCGAGCACAGGCAUCGGUGAGGGUAUUGCCAAACUGUUUGCACUAUUGGGCGCCCGAGUGGUGGUCACCGGUAGAAACGUAUCGCGCAUACAGAGUGUCGCCCAAGACGUCCAACAACUGUCGCCGCAAAAGCUUAUGCCCCUUCAAGUUGUAGCAGAUCUUAGAGUUGACGCCGAUAUUGAACGCUUGGUAAAAACCACGAUUGAUGCAUAUGGUCGAUUAGAUGUGUUGGUAAACAACGCGGGUAUUUACCCCGUAGACACUAUCCGUGAUGACAACUUUAUGUCACAUUGUGACGACGUAUUUCAGACUAACUUGCGCCCGAUGGUUAAGCUGGUCAAUCUAGCGUCGCCUUAUUUGCAAAAGUCUAAAGGCAAUGUGAUUGAUAUUUCGAGUGUGGCCGGAAUUGAUCCUCCUGCUACCCAACUGGCUUAUGGUACAUCAAAGGCGACAGUCAUGCAAUUGUCCAGGGUAUUAGCAUUGGAAUUGGGACCGCUUGGCAUUCGCGUCAAUACUAUCAAUCCCGGAGCUGUCGCUGUCCAGCAUAUUGUCGAGGAGUUUGCCGGUGCGCUCGAUGUGGUCGUACCGCAAACACCUCUACGCCGUUACGCGUUGCCCCUGGAUAUUGCCAAAGCUGCCGUGUUUCUAGCUAGUGACGAUGCUGCUUUUAUUACCGGCACUAAUAUUCUGGUUGAUGGCGGACUCGAAUGGAACUAUCCUGCGAAAAUUCAGUGUUAUACUAGAUAA